AUGCGGACCAAUGCGGUGUCCCCACUUGUUUGCGGUAUUGUUUUGCUACUGGGUUUUAAUGGCUCUUUAGCGCAGUUGCGAAAUGUAACUUUGCUUGAGUUGGGAAUCGAUGAUUUGGAUUACUUUGAUCCUGAGAUAUACAAUGUGAACGGGACACGUAUAGUUGGGGGCAAAGAAGUGGACAUACGUCAGGUGCCGUGGCAAUGUGCUCUUUAUUAUUAUGGAUAUGCCAUUUGUGGGUGCUCUGUAAUCAGCGCGGAUUGGGUUUUAACGGCUGCCCACUGUGUGGAAGGUGGAGGGAGGUUUUCGGUUCGUGCUGGUUCAUCUUGGAUCAACAGGGGUGGCCAAAUUCGCAGAGCCCGCAGAGUUAUCAUCAGUUCUGGAUAUAAUCCUUACACCUAUAAUCAUGAUAUCGCUAUGAUUCGAACGCGGCGAAGGUUUAGGUUUACCCGCUUUGUACAACCCAUUGCGCUGGCAAAGCGUGGAAGGCGUUUACCCCAAAGGUACUUCGUGAGUGGUUGGGGUACUCUAAGAGAGGGUGGAUCGACGCCAAGACAUUUAAAAGGCGUUACAUUACGAAGAGUAAGUCGUCCCAAAUGCAGAAGAAGAUAUAGGGACGUUGUAUAUAUCACAAAGUACAUGAUUUGUGCAGCUGCCCCUGGAAAGGACGCAUGUCAAGGUGAUUCUGGAGGGCCUAUGGUACGACGAGGAAUACAAUACGGCAUUGUUUCUUUUGGUAUUGGCUGUGCACGGCCCUACUAUCCAGGUGUCUAUACGAAUGUUCGAAGAGUAAACCGAUGGAUAAAGAAAGUUUGUAGACGUUGGGGAGGACAGAAGCCGACAUUCAAGUAG